CUAUGAACAAUAUGCGGGUCAUUUUUCGACGCAAAUAAAUUUAAUCUUCAUUGAGGUUCAUCGUUAGAAGUUGAGAAACUUUGAUUGAUACUAACAGCUUCAAAUUUCAGAACGAAAACGAUCGCUUUGAAAAAGGUUAAAAGAAUGAAGUGUUCAGUCUUUAUCGCUGUAGUUAUUUUGGCAUUCAUGAAAGAUGGCCAUGCAGCAGAUCCWUCCAUUCUAGUCAAAAUGCAUUUCUCAAUUUCUUGGAAGGAGAUGUGUCAACUCGAGAAAUAUCUCAAAGAAAAUGUCGSAGGUCAAAUAGUGACUGGCAAAUACGGCGAAACGCUCCCAACAAGUCGUCUUGUCCUUUAUAACUUUCCAGAAAACUGCAAAAAGGGUUCRGCAAARCACGCGGUUGUGGAAAUGUUCGUAGUUAAAGAAACAGGGCCAAGAGAUCAGUCCAACAUCGAUGUUUCAAYGACUAAAAAGCUUUAUAAGGUUUUGCAUUAUUUAUUUGAGCAAAAACAAGAAAGAUAUAUUGGAAAUCUGUUUGUUGGGAAGAUUACCGACAUCACAGUCAGYGGUGAUGAUGCUCCAGAAAAGAGCACAGCGUACACUGAAAUAGAACGACUGUACAUUGGUAUUGGAGUAGCAUGUGCCAUUCUCAUUCUUAUYGUAAUAAUUCUCGUCGCCAUAUCGUGUUUCAAGAACAGAAACAAGCCUAAGGAAGAUCGUUACUCCGCUCGCGCCGCGUACAAAUCCGACAGUGAAGCAGUAAGGACUUACCCUGCACCCGCCGACAACGCUGCAUAUGAGGAAGACAGGGGGGAGAAAGCACAAACAGACCAACGUAUUACUACACGGUUUUAGAUAGUUACAUAUCCUAACAUUUAGACGACCUCAAUUUUGUAUUAAUCAGUAAUUACCGAGCACUAAGAUGUCUAUCAAGGUCACCCAUGCACAUUUUCCAGAACAUUUUCACAUCAAACACAAAUUCGUUUUCCUCCUCUUUCCCUUCCAUAUUUGGUAAUCUUACCUUAUUUGGAAGUACGCAUGAACUCAUUUUUGCUUAAAAAAGUCCAAAACUUCAAGAUAUUGCAAGGAACGAGCAAAUUAACAUGUCGGUCAUGUUYCAAUUCAACUAGAGACGCAGCUUCUAGAAAAACUAGAGGAAGCCCAAAACAACUGAAAUCCAAAAGCGAAUGCAUUUUUUUUUUUACUUGCAGACAAGUUAGUAAUAUUUGAAAAUUGUGCUAAUUUUGCAAUCAUGAGAUCGUUUUUGUGAUCAUUUCAUUUCAUCUUUCAUUGUUAUAAAAUAAGAAAGAAGAGAUGRAAAUUUCCAAAAAGCAUCCAUCAUUUCAUUGGUGACCUUGGUAUUUAAUUGACGCGCACUAGAACUAAAAUUUUUAGUACUUUUUAUAAUCGAACUUUUUUAUACACAAGUAUUGUAGACAUAUUGUAAACAUCACAAUGUCAAGGGCUGCAACAUAUGGCAAGAACAAUGAUUGAAAUAAUAUUGAAUUGCUUGAAAUCCUGUUGAAUCGGCAGGUAUUUUCUUUUUCAACUUACGUCACAGCGGCCAUCUUGGAGGAACUUCAACAAAAGAUUUCUCAUUAGUAUCUAUUGUUCAUUCCUCCAGUAUGGUCGCCUGUCUUUUAUAUUUUAAAAAUCAUGUAUUGAAAACGGUCAAUAGCACAUUUGAAUUGAUAUUAUUAUACCACUAAUUUUAAAAAGUUGUCAUUGUUCAAAAAGGUGAUAUCAUCGGAUGAAACAAAGACCGAAGGGGAUUUUGGGAGCUGUCUAAAAUUGUACGCUGUAACAUUUUCUUAGGUCCGACAUGGUUAUUUAGUGGAGAAACACUAUACAAUUUUACCUUCACAAGGAGCUCCCUUUCGGUGAUGUUUUUGAUGGUGGGACCUUAUUUUAAGAACCUGACAUCGUUGUCGACCGAAUUUAGUUGGAAAUCUCUUUCUUUUGGUCUCUUGUUUUAAUGCACCUUUUCAGUUGAACUUAGGCCUUGAUAGCAAGUUAAUUAUUCUUUUGAAUUUGACAAAUGAGACUAUUCAUAUCAAUGUUUGCAUUGCUCACAUUUCUACAAAUUCAAAAGAAUAUUUAACACGCUGUCGAGGCCUAAGAGCAAC